AUGUAAUUCCUUGUCUUUAGCUUUGACACCCGUCUUAUUUUUACUUAAAAAGAGAAAAUAUACUAACAAUUAUUACAUUAUCAAAUACAAAUAAUUAUCAUUGAAACCGAACUUAUUGAGUAUAUAAUAAAUUAGAAUUCAUAAGAAGACAAACCAAUGAUAUAAGAAACUAUUGGUUCAAUCUUAAGACUAAAUGUCAGAAUGGGUGAUAAUUUUCAAAAUAAAACUAUGGCUCCAGUUAUGAUGGACUAUGAUUUUAAAAUUAAAACACAAAAUGAGCGAUCAAAAGUGGAAGAUUUGUUUGACUUCGAAGGCUGUAAAGUGGGACGUGGGACUUAUGGCCAUGUGUACAAGGCUAGACGAAAAGAUGGUUCCGAUACGAAGGAUUAUGCUUUGAAGCAAAUUGAAGGAACCGGUCUCUCUAUGUCGGCGUGCAGGGAAAUCGCACUUUUGCGGGAACUGAAACAUUCAAAUGUGAUCAAUUUAAUAAGAGUCUUCCUGUCACAUACCGAUCGUAAAGUUUGGUUGUUGUUCGACUAUGCAGAGCAUGAUUUGUGGCAUAUUAUUAAAUUUCACCGUGCUGCAAAGGCUAAUAAAAAGUCUGUUAUGGUCCCGAAGGGUAUGGUCAAAAGUUUACUGUACCAAAUUCUUGAUGGUAUACACUAUUUACACUCAAAUUGGGUUCUACAUAGAGAUUUGAAACCAGCUAAUAUUUUAGUAAUGGGAGAAGGUCCUGAGAGAGGCAGAGUAAAGAUAGCAGAUAUGGGUUUUGCAAGGUUGUUCAAUGCACCGCUGAAGCCUCUUGCUGAUUUAGAUCCGGUUGUAGUCACAUUUUGGUACAGAGCACCAGAGUUACUGCUUGGGGCAAGACAUUACACAAAAGCUAUUGAUAUUUGGGCAAUAGGCUGUAUAUUUGCCGAGUUACUCACAUCUGAACCUAUAUUCCAUUGUCGACAAGAAGAUAUUAAAACGAGCAAUCCUUACCACCACGAUCAGCUUGAUAGGAUAUUCAAUGUAAUGGGUUUCCCACAAGAGAAAGACUGGGAAGACAUUAGGAAAAUGCCAGAACAUCCCACUUUGAUAAAAGAUUUCAAAAGAUCAAAUUAUCAAAAUUGUUCACUGAGCAAGUAUAUGGACAGACAUAAAAUAAAACCAGACAGUAAAGCUUUCAGUCUUCUCCAACGUUUACUUUUAAUGGAUCCAAAUAGACGAAUCACAUCUGAACAGGCAAUGCAGGAUCCUUACUUCACAGAGGAUCCAUUGCCAACACAGGAUGUGUUUGCUGGAUGUCCAAUUCCAUAUCCAAAAAGAGAAUUUUUGACUGACGAUGAUCAAGAUGACAAGAGUGAUUCUAAAGCGAGACAAAACCAACAGCAGCAGCAACAGCCUAACACACAACAGAAUCAAGUUCAAGCUAACAGCCACGAUCAUGGUGCUAAUAAUGCCAAGCGAAUGAGAAUGCAAGGGCCAAAUCAGGGCAACAAUAAUACCGGUGGUGGUCAACAGGAGUUCCAUCAACAACAACAAAUGAUGUUUGGAGGCCAACAACAAGGCGGCAACUCGCAACAACAAGGAAACUUUCAACAGAGGUUCUAGAACGACUAUCCACAACCUUAUUACUAUUGGCCAUCAUGUUAUUAUAAUCAGUAAUGUGGAUUGCAAUAAGUCCUGAAUUUGGUGUCUAUUAAAAAAUACAAAUAAAAAAAUACAUUGUUUUGCAAAUACAAAGGCUGCCUUUUAAAUUGUGUCGCUUGAAAUAAGUAUAGACAAUCUAAUAGAUUGUUACCAUUUAUUGUUUUUCAAAGAAUUCUCCGUGAUAUUUUAACAUUUAUCCACCCCCAAGAGGCGGUAGUUAAAAUGGCCGAUUUGUAUACGUCAACAGCUUCGGGUGAGCUGAAACAUUGACCACGAAAACUUCGCUUAAUUGUGGGGAACCUAUCAAAACGGUUAGGGCUUAAGUCAGGGCCGUAAGGCGGAUGAUCUAAAAUUUCGACAUUGCUCUCAUUGGGUGCUCAAAAACAUCUUUGUUUGGCGGGCGGUGUGCGAACUUGCAUUGUCAUGGUGCAAUAUCAUACGACGUCUUAAAUUGUUUUUUCGAAAUUCGGUGAUGACUUACGGCAAACAAUAGCGGUACACUAGUCAGCGGUAUCCGUCUUAUGAUCUUCUAGUACAAUAGUGGCGAUGUGACCACCCUUUGCUAUAAACGAGGCAACCAUUUUUUUCAAUGUGCUUCGUGAGCAUUUGAAUUUGGUCGGUUUUGGUUCAUCCUGGAAGACUUAGUUAACUGCUGCUUAGAAUCUGGAUCGUAAGCAUAUAUCCAAGACUCGUCACUAUUAACCAUAUCAUAAACAUUUUUUGACCCUCCUCGGUUGAAUCGCUGCAAAGUUUUGUGACACCAACUAGCACGGGCUGUUUUUUGGUCGUCGCUAAACAAGUGUGGUAUCCAACGAGAGAUCAACUUUCUUAUGCCAAGUUUUUCGUGCAGGAUUUUUUAGACAGUGAUCCCUAAAAUGCCCACGGAUGCCUCUGUUUAACGGUAUGUCACAUGACGUUCUUCGAGGAUUAGCUGCCGCACGGCUUCGAUAUUCUCUUGCGUCAUGGCGGUUUUUGAAGGACCUUCAUGUGACUUGUCACUGAGGUUACAGUCCUACGUCGAACUUCUAAAUACCAGUGUUCUACAGUCUUAAGACAUAGUGCUGCAUCACUAAAUACAGAAGUGAUCUCCUUAAAGCACUUGAAGUCGCAAUAAUUGCCUUUGCAAGUUGUAGAAAAUUAUCGCACGCAAAUUUUCCUUAGAUAUUUCCAUUUUUACAACCGACUUGUCACCUUUGAAUAGACGAUACAAUAAAACUAUUCGACCAAUCUGAUAACAUUAUUUUGUUUUCGAAUUCAAAAAGAUGACAAUGCCAUAUGUUUUUUUAUUAAUAAUCGCGGGAGGUUGGCAAACGACACGAUUUAAAAGGCAGCCUUACGUAUUAACUGAAAUCUCAUUAUUUAUGCUUUCAUCCACAUUUUAUAAUGUUUUUUAAUUCAUGAGGAAAACUUACAAUAUCAUUUAACAUCAUUGCCUUUUCCUAUUUGUUUUGGGUCGGCACAAUAUGUCUUUAAUCUUAAUUUUCUACAAAUUCUUGUCAACUAAUUUCCAGACUCACUCUUAUAUACAUAUCAUCUUUCAUAGCCUUUUCUUUGAUCUUCCUUUUCUUUUACAUUUAUCCCCUUUUAUAUCCUUCUUUAAAACAUGGCUUUCAUUUCUGUGCAUGACACGACCAUACCAAGACGUUCUAUUGCUGUGCAAGAAACUUACAAUAUAAAAUACGGAUAAUUUAUGUCAAGCCAAAAUAAUAUUUUUCCCUAAUGUACAAGAACAGAGUUUGUAUGUAAUCCCGCAGGCAUUGGUUGUUUGUGGCUGAUCAAGACCCUGUUGUUAAUAAUUGUAAUAAACAUACUAGUUGCAAAUAUGUUUCUGUAUGUUUUUAAAAUAAUUUAAUCAAUUUAAACAAAACCGAUUAUUAUUUCUUAAGUAUGUGUGCAUGAAGUUAUUCUGAUUUCGAUAUGAUAUUAAUAUACUAAAUUCCAUUAGACUGAAUGAAACAAUAUAUGUAUAGGAAUAAUAUUAAUUUAGUCAAUAAUUGUGUAAAUAGUAAAUAAGCGUGCUUAUAAUACAUCAAUUUGGAUACUAGUUUUAAUAAAAUGAAUUAAAUUUGUA